AGAGAGAGAGAGAGAGAGAGAGAACUUUGCUUCGUCAGAAGUCAUGAGUUUCUCUCUCAUAUUAGAGAUGACACACACUAUAUUGCCGGAAAUAAACAAGUUAAGUUUCGUUUCUCCCUCACAGCCCACACUGACGUUUCAUGAUGGCGGAGAGUGACCACAGCCAGUUUUCUCUGCUGAGUCUGGAGGAAGAGCUGACCUGUAGCAUAUGUCUGUGUCCCUUUAACUGCCCGGUGACCAUACCCUGCGGACACAACUUCUGCCAGGACUGCCUCCUCGCCACCUGGAAGGACUCGUACAGCUGUCCUCAGUGUCGGACCCACUUCCCCACCAAACCGGAGCUGAAGAAAAACACGGUCCUCAGCACUGUCGUGGAGACCUUCAACCAGCGGACGACCAAGAGCGAGGACGAACCGGGGACAGCAGAGGACAGCAAAGAGGGGAGACAGAAUGUCAUACGCUGUGAUACAUGUAUGGAAGCAGAAGCGGCGCAGACCUGCCUCACCUGCAUGGCCUCUUUCUGCGAGGAGCACCUGCGGCCUCACCGGGAAAACCCAACGUUUAGAGUCCACCAGCUGAGUGAGCCUGUUGGCGACCUGUCCGAACGCAUCUGCCCGGACCACCACAAGCUGAUGGAGCUCUUCUGCAGCCAACAUUGCCGUCCCAUCUGCAGCCUCUGCCUCCAGCAGGUCCACAAAGGCUGCUCCUUUAUGUCCCCACAGGAGCAGAGGAACCUGAAAAAGUCCGACCUCAGAGAAAAAUUGGGUUUGCUGAAUGGGAAGAUUGAGAAGACCGAGACUUUAAUGUUUCAGAUGAAUGACACGCAGAGCAAGCUGAAGGAUGCAGCCACCAAAAGAAAGGCAGUGCUGGCAGCUGUGUAUCAGCAGAUCCGGGAUAUGUUGGUCCAAGAACAACAGAAUGCUCAACAUGAGGUGGAAAGCGAGCUGGAGAUUGGCCAGGCGAAACUUCAGGAGCACAUGAAGAGGUUGACUGUGAAUGCUGAGAAGAUGACCAAAGCCAGAGAAUCCAUCAAUAAUCUGCUGAGUCAAUCCCAAACCAUGGCCUUUCUACAGGCUUCAUUUAACUUACCGAAGGCUGUAAAGUUUGACCCCCACAUGCCUCAAAUUAACCUGGACUCAAAGAAGGUGACAGCAACACAAGCCUUCUCUGCUGCUCUGAAGCAGCACCUGGCAGAGAUCCUCAAACACCCUGUUGAGGCCCGAAUACUGACACUCAAACCAGGUGAAUAUACAGGGGAAAAAGCAGAGACUGUCUCAGGACCUGCAAGUACCCCGGAUACUAAAGGUACUGGAUCUCAGCCGGAAGCUAAAGUAACCAAGCCUCAAAAGCAGAGAGCGCCCAGGUCCCGCAGUGUGGGUCGUCCACCCAUCCAGCCAUUACUAACGCCUUUUAAUGAGCCCACGAAUUCUUUCAUGGGCCCAGUGACAGGCUGGAGUCUAUCCCAGUAUAGAGGGGCCAAGCCACCAGGCCCUUAUUUGAGUGCUCCAUUUAUGGCAGGACAACAGACAAAUAACCCUGGCAUUUUAGGAGCUUAUGGAGGAAAUUCACCUUUUGGCCCUGGGACUUACAAGGAUUUAGAACAGGACAGAAGGCUGCUACAAGAUGCACGAGGAAGAAAUAAGCCUAAUAAGAAAAGACACCAGUAAACACAACAAUCACAGAAGCCACCUUUUUCCAGAGAAAUCAACUACAAAGUACACACAGCCUAAUAAAAAAAGACUAGUGAUAUAGUGGAGAUUAGUAAUCAUCACUUCUCAUGACAGGAAAAGGCCCUAUUGUGUAGCUUAAAUCAACAGCAUACACACACUUUCACAGAGCCAGCCUUUGGUGUUGUUUACUUGAUAGUCAUUUAGAUUAUUUUUAAAUGACAAAAAUGUGUAUGUGUAAAUGAAGGAGAACGGUAGCAAUUGCAUUGUAAUGAACACUACAUUUGAAAGCCAUUCAUCUCAACAUCUGGUUAAUUGUAUAUAAUAUCCCAUUAUUACAAUGCAAGUGUGAGCUUAUGGCUGCUGUGACAUCUAACGAGAGCUCAUAGCAGCAGUCAUUUUUAAUACAUGUUAAAUAAAACACAGACACACAUGUGGCUUAUAUAUGAAAAUAUUUAUGGGAAUGUGUUUAAAAUCAAAAGAUCAUUACAUUCAUUUCAGUCAAAAUCCAUUUCACCAAAUCCUACCAUUUUUGUAAACAGCUAUGAUUACAUGAUUGUUACCAAUAAAAGCUUGUUCUCUCCCAAGAA